AUGAAUCGAGGUACUCGUGAUGUGCAGGUGGAUGCUCAUCCACGAGUGGUGAGCAAAUAUGUGGCGUGCCGACCAAACUCUCGCCAUAAAACGACCGACAUUGAAAAGGGCGACUUGUUCGAUGAGGUUGAAGAAAGGCUCAAGCUUUGUCAAGGCGAACUAAAUACAACCCGUCGACAGGUUGAAGUACUGCAGCAAAAGCUUGUCGACACGGAAAUGGGCCGUUACGAAAAUGAAAGACAGCGGCUUAAAGCGCGUGUUGCAGUUUUAGAAAAAGUCAAGAGAGAACGAGAUGAAUUGUUGGAACGGCUUAAAUGCACAUCGGUUUCGCCUGCUGGAAGUUUUUCGCCAAAAACUCCCCAAAUUAGGUAA